AUGCAUCUCAAAAUCUUUCUUGUUCUGCUUCUGGCUGUCUACACCAGCCAAAAACAUCUUUCUGGCACUAACAAAACUGCUGAAUUCUUGGCUAAAACUCAACUGGAGCUUUUGAAAAAAGCAACGAACGAAACUAAUUUGGCACGAAUGUCAAAGCUGGCUUCAAUCGAUAUCGGAACACUGGAUAACGUGAAAAAGUUGUUCCGCCUGGUAACGAUUCUGGAAUUCUCUGUUUUGGAUGCAGCUGCUGUUGGAAAAAAAGACAUUUACGCAAUGAUCGAAUCAUAUUCAGCAGAGCAUAAAGCACAUUCAAUAAUUCAUUUGGAAAGAACAAAUAAAAGCCCAUCGGGAUGGAAAAUUAUCAAGGGACAGGGUAUUUUUGUAUCAAAUGACGUUUGUGACUUCACGUGCAACAUCAAUUCUCUCAACACCUCAGCCGUCGACAAGUUCGUUUUGAAUCCAGUUCUUGCAUUGAUUGGUUAUGAUCAAUAA